AUGUCGCGUUUGGGCUUGCUGACACUGCUGUUGGGAUUGGCUCUGGUGGCCGCCAAUCAAGACUAUGAAGGUUAUCGCAUCUAUGAGCUGACUCCUACCUCAGCUGCACAGGGAGAGCUGCUGCACAGGCUGAGCCUCCAGGGUUAUGACUUCCUUAGUUUACCUCGUUUGUUGGGUAAAUCUUCUCGUGUCAUUGUCAGUCCUGAUCAGCUGGACAACUUUGAAGCUUUGCUGUCGGUAGAGCAGUUGAGCCAUCGCCUACUAAAUGACAACCUGGGCGCCACGAUUGCAGCGGAGUUUGCCCAGCGGCAGCUGCAGCGACGCCUCUCACCCAUUUCGGGCAAGGGUCGCCUCAGCACGGAGCGCUACUAUUCCCAUGAGGAGAUCACCAACUACAUUGAUGACCUGGCCGCUCGUUAUCCGUCGCGUGUGCUCGUCAAGACUGUCGGCUGGUCAUUUGAAAAGCGCGAACUGAAGACCAUUACCAUCACCAAUGGGGAUGGUCGUGCCAACAAGAAGGUCAUCUUCAUGGACGGCGGUUUCCAUGCUCGCGAAUGGAUCUCUCCGGCAGCUGUGCUGUAUGUCAUUGACCAGUUGGUGGAACGGUUCGAAGAGAAUGCUGAUCUGCUGCAGGACUAUGACUGGGUCAUUUUGCCAGUGGUUAACGCGGACGGCUAUGAGCACACCCAGACAGGCACUUAUGCUCGCAUAUUUCGCAAGACUCGUCAGCCCUAUAAGUAUCUGGGCCAGACCUGUUAUGGCGCCGAUCCUAAUCGCAAUUUUGACUUCCAUUGGAAUGAGGAGGGCGCCUCAUCGAAUCCCUGCGUGGAUACCUUUGCUGGUCCCAACGCUUUCUCCGAGCCAGAGACAGUUGUGGUGCGCGAUCUGAUGCAUUCACUGGCGGAUCGCGGCAUUAUGUACCUAACCAUCCAUUCGUAUGGCAAUUACUUGCUCUACCCAUGGGGUUGGACCAGCGAUUUGCCGGAAACUUGGCAGGAUCUCGAUGAAGUGGCCCGUGCUGGUGGAGAUGCUAUAGAGAAAGCAACCGGUACGGUCUACGAGGUGGGUAGCUCCACAAAUGUGCUGUAUAUAGCCGCUGGGGCCAGCGAUGACUAUGCCUUCUACGCCGGCUUCAAUAUAUCGAUCACCAUGGAGUUGAGUGGAGGUGGCUUGACGGGCUUUGAUCCACCGGCCAGCAAGAUCGAUGAGUUUGUAACCGAAACCUGGAUAGGUAUUCGUGCCAUGGCCGAAAAGGUUAUCGAAAAGUAUUAAAUAAAGCAGAGCCCUCAAGUCGAAUGUUUGACUUAAGUUUA